CCCCUGAUCUCCCCCCACCCCAAAAAAAAUUCUGUCUCUCUUUCUCUCUCUUGUUUCUUUUUUAAUUUAUUUUGUGUGAUAGUUUCGGAUGGGCUUGUGACUUGUUCUUCUUCCUUGCGAUUUUCUUUUGGUUACUUGAUUCCGUGUGUGCUUGUUUUUUUCUCUUUUGGGCUGUGGUUUUGAAAUUUGAGAGCUUUAUUACGGUGUUUCGAGCUGAGAAUUGGUGCGAAGACCUGGGUUUUCUUCCCAAAACUUUGUUGCUGAUGAUCUGGUUCUUGGUCGUGACUAGUGACCUUCGUUUGAUCCGAGCUGAACUCACUAGUCACCGAUGGAGUUGAUCCGGACCUGAUCAAGUGGUCCCGUAUGGAGUCUAGGGCGGGUCAAGCUGAUGGGGUUGACUUGGCCGACUGAGAAAACAUGGGCGACUGAGAAACGUCGCCCAUGUUUUCUCAGUCGGCCCUUGUGGCCCAAGCCGGGCGUAUCAGUCAGCUAGGCUUUUUUAGUUAAGCGACACCAGUGUCAACCGCGUAUAAACUCAGAAAGGAUCGUGUUUGUGGUUUCUGAAACGAGUUGUUUUCGACGGUAAAAGCAUAACAUGUGUAGCAUGGUGGUCUGUUUUGAUGUGCCGUACCCUCCUUCAAUUUGCUUGACAAAUCUGAGUCAUCCGUGUAUAUGGGUCCACAUAGUGGACAGUUAAUUUCUUUAUAUUCUAAUAACAUGAAGGAAUUUGCAUUGAAGAAGUGCUUCCAUGUAUCAAUUGGUCGGUUGCGUAUGUCAUUGUCAAUUUGGUCAUGUGGAUUAAUUUUGCACUUGGAAUUGAAAGCCGUGAUUCACUUUUGGCGUCACGAAAACAAUUUGAAAGGGGGAGCAUACGUGCGGUUUUGGUGUGUGUGUGUUUGCAUGCAUUAAAAACUUGGUUAAUAGAAACAUUGAGACUGCUACAGUGUUGAACAUCACUACAAGUUGUCUCUAUUUAGUUGUUUAGGCAUGUCAAACGAAGGAAAAUGCUGCUGCUAGAGAACUGCUUCCUUAAUGCUUGUAGCGGUUAAAUUGCAUGGGAAAUGUUGAAGGAACUAACAGUGGAUGAAAAUUCAUGAAUUUCCUUUGUUGUUGCGCUCUGGAAGAAGAAAUGAAAUCAAAACAGUUCUCAGUUGUUGUAUCCUAGCAUGGUUGCUGUAAUCAGAAAUUAAAACAGUUCUCAGUUAAUGUAUCCUAGCAAGAUUGUUUUAUCAAAUUCAAUGGGACCCUUUUUGGUUUAUUUAUAUUGCUCCUUAGGUUCUAAAUAGCUUCAUGACCACUUAUGUAUUUUUAUCUAUGUUUUAUUUAUGAACAAUAGAAUAUUUAUAUUCAUUAAAUAAAAGAAAGGCAGAAUUUAAGUUCACAUUAAAUGUACAGAAGUUCCCCCUUUGAAACUAAAAAAAUUGCUAGAGCUGACUAGCAUCCACUCAAAUAGCAAGCUCACAAGAUUAUGCAUAUUUAGGCUUGACUCAACAUCAUCAAAUGUCUGACUAUUCCUUUCCCACGGCAAGGCAUUUCCAAAUGUUGCUUCUGCAAAUCAUUCUAAACCUUCCUUUCUAGCUAGUGAGAAACAUGAUUCUUUUUUCUUUUCUGCUUGCUGGAUUGUUUUUUAAUAUUGAGGGUGUAUAAAGACAGUGGGGGAGAGGGUUCGUGUAUGUGUAAGGCGUAGCUGUUUUCUGAAUAGUGCAACUGGUUCGUGGACAAAUGCUUCACAACUUUGUAUGCUUACAAGGGUCGCUAUUAUUAGUUCUAGCUUCAAUGUGACUGCUGCUUAUUGGUGAAGUUAUAUCAAUACAUUUAUCUCAUUAUUGAACGAUUUGAUGUUUGUUUAUAUAACAGUUCAUUUUCUACAGAUGUUUGAUUUCUAGUUUUUUGAUAUCUGCACCAAAACUUCAUCUUUCUUUCUCAUUGAUUGAUUGGUAUCCUUAGCUUUUGGUUAAUUUUAGUAAUGGUGCCUGUGCGGUUGUUUGGAUGUCAAAUCUGAAGUUGGAGGUAACUGAAUGGCACCGUUUACACUCGGUGAUACAAUUAAUAACUCCGCAACAAAAUUCUGAUGAUCAUUAGAUUGCUAUCUAUGGUACUUGUCUGCCAGAUUGAGGAUUUCAGCGUUAUAACGAAGGUUACUGAAGUUGUUUCUGCCUUUGCAGAAUCUGUAGUUAUAUCUCAUGUAUGAGUUACCUUCACUAGUAAGUUCUGUUCUUAAAUUAAGUUUUCACCAUCAAAUGCAGCUCUUUCAUGGGAAUUCCAUAUCAAGUUGUUCUCUGGUCUCUUGAUGUUGGGGGGGGCACAGAGCAGGCAAAUUGUGCUGGAUCCCACUUUGUAUGGAGCACUUUGUCUGCUGUAUGCAUGGGAAUUAUCUCUUUCUUGGAAUUCAUUUUUGCCAUGGAAACCCCCGUUGAGGAGAAGACGGUAAAGCCUGAUGAGGAGAAGAUGGCCAAGCCUGAUGAGCACAAUAUUGGAAACCAACAUAAGCAUGCAACGGGAACCCUAGAUGAGCACACAAGGGGAACCCCAAAUAAUCACACAACAGGAACCACAGAUGAGCACAUGAGGGAAACUCUGAAUAAUCACACAACGGGAACCUCAAAUGAGCUCACAACAGAAACCACAGGGGAGCACACAAUGGCAAGCACAGAUGAGAAAAUGGUGGGCAUCCUGCAUGAGCAAACAGUGGCACCACCUGAUGAGCAAACAGAGGCACCACCUGAUGAGCAAACAGAGGCACCACCAGAUGAGCAGGCCGUGGCACCACCAGAUGAGCAGGCCGUGGCACCAAAAGAUGAGCAGACCAUGGCAAUGCCGGAUGAGGAGCAGACCAUGGCACCGCCGGAUGAGCAGCAGACCAUGGCACCGCCGGAUGAGCAAAUGAUGGAAACACCAGAUGAACAAACAAUGUCAAUUGCAAAUGAGCAGGCAAUGGUAAUCUUAAAUGACCAUGCGAUGGUAAUCUCAGACGACCAUGCGAUAGUAAUCUCAGACGACCAUGCAAUGGUACUCUCAGAUGAGCACAUGAUGGCAAUCUCAGAUGAGCACGCAAUGGCCAUCUCUUAUGAGCCUACAAUGCCAACCCUUGAUAACAAAAUGAUAACAACUCCCGAGGUGAACCAUGAGCUGCCAAAUCCAGAAGUACAACCUAACAAGCGGAGGAAAAAAAAGUCCAUAGUAUGGGAGCACUUCACCAUAGAAACUGUCAGUCCUGGAUGUAGACGAGCAUGCUGUAAGCAAUGCAAGCAAAGUUUUGCAUACAGUACUGGUUCUAAAGUUGCUGGAACCAGCCACCUGAAACGCCACAUUGCCAAGGGGACCUGCCCGGCACUUCUACGUAACCAGGGGCUGAAUCAGUCAACACCAUAUACCCCACGUUCAAGGUCAGUGGGAACAGGCAGUGCUACUGACCCACCAAAACGACGUUACAGAAGCCCUAGCUCGCCAUACAUCAUGUUUGAUCAGGAUCGUUGCCGCAAUGAGAUUGCUAGGAUGAUCAUCAUGCACGACUACCCACUUCACAUGGUUGAACAUCCUGGGUUUAUAGCUUUUGUUCGGAAUAUUCAGCCACGUUUCAACAUGGUGAGUUUCAAUACCGUCCAAGGGGAUUGUGUUGCAACUUACUUGAUGGAAAAGCAAAACCUGAUGAAGUUUAUCGAGGGCAUGCGUGGACGUGUUUGCCUUACACUGGACAUGUGGACUUCAAGCCAAACAGUAGGCUAUGUGUUUAUAACUGGACUUUUCAUUGAUAGUGAUUGGAAAAUGCACAGGCGAAUUCUCAAUGUCAUAAUGGAGCCAUAUCCUGAUUCGGACACUGCCCUUAGUCAUGCUGUUGCUGCUUGCCUUUCUGAUUGGAACUUGGAGAGCAAGUUAUUCUCUCUCACUUUUAAUCAGCCGCCAAGUGAAGCUGCCGUUGAGAAUCUUAGGCCUCUUCUCGCCAUUAAGAACCCACUAAUCCUCAAUGGUCAAUUAUUAGUUAGUCAUUGCAUAGCACGCACCUUGAGCAGCAUGGCAAAAGAUGUCCUAGGGGCGGGCAGAAUAAUCAAGAAAAUCCGGGAUAGUGUGAAGUAUGUGAAGACAUCAGAAGCGCAUGAGGGAAAGUUUGUUGAGCUCAAGGAACAGCUUCGUCCCAGUGAAAGGAGUCUAUCUAUUGAUGACCAGACUCAAUGGAACACUACAUAUCAAAUGCUGGUUGCUUCUUCUGAGUUGAAGGAAGUGUUUUCUUGUUUGGAUACUUCUGAUCCUGAUUACAAGGAAGCCCUGUCCAUGGAAGAUUGGAAGCAGGUUGAGACGCUAUGUACAUACUUGAAACUUCUCUUUGAUGCCGCAAACAUCCUGACCUUUACUACUAGCCCAACUGCAAUUACAUUUUUUCACGAAGUGUGGAAGAUACAGACAGAGCUAGCUCGUUUAGUUGUGAGUGAGGAUCCCUUCGUCAGCAACCUUACUAAAUUAAUGCAAGAAAAAAUUGAAAAGUACUGGAAGGAUAGCAGCCUAGUUUUGGCAAUUGCCGUAGUCAUGGAUCCCCGUUUCAAGAUGAAGCUUGUUGAGUUUAGUUUCUCAAAAAUCUAUGGCGAAGAAGCUCCCACAUAUAUCAAGAUUGUCGAUGAUGGAAUUCGUGAGCUCUUUCAUGAAUAUCUGAUGCUUCCUUUGCCUCUAACGCCAACUUAUGCAGAAGAAGGAAAUGCUGGAAGCAAUUGCAAGACAGAUGAAUCCCAGGGAGGAAAUCUUCUGUCUGACAAUGGACUCACGGAUUUUGAUGCGUAUAUUAUGGAGACUACAAGCCAACAGAUGAAGUCAGAGCUGGAUCAGUAUUUGGAAGAGUCUUUAUUGCCUCGUGUGCAGGAGUUUGAUGUGUCAGGCUGGUGGAAGCUAAACAAGCUGAAGUACCCAACUCUUUCAAAAAUGGCUCGUGAUAUUCUGUCUAUCCCAGUGUCUACUGCUGGGCCGGACUCUGUAUUUGAUACCACAAUCAAGGAGAUGGAUCGAUAUAGAAGUUCUCUACGACCAGAGACGGUGGAAGCCCUCAUAUGCGCCAAGGAUUGGAUGCAGUAUGGGUCAGCAGAAGCUUCAAAUGCUCUUUUGAGAAUGGAAUAUUAGAUUCUAGCAUGGGUUUUGAUUCUGUGACAGUAUGUCUUGUAUGAUGGUAGGUUGUUGGCAUGUUGUUUAAGUUUCUAAUUGCCCCCACUAGUUGUAGCAAUCUGUACCAUUCUUAGAGAUUUUUAGGGUGGAUGCUUGGACACGAUAAUUUAGCUUCGAGUGUUAGCUUCGGUUAAUUACAUUCAGUAUCAAAGGCUGCACAUGGUAUCUACAA